AUGCCCUUCAAAGUCCUCGUCUACGCUCAUCGACUCCCGGCGGUCACUCCAGAGACUUUCAAACAGCGCUAUGAAGCGCACAUCCAGCUUUUCAAGCGCCUCGUCGGCGAGGCAUUCCCAAUUUCUCACCGGCGCAUCUACAUAUCGCGCACUCUGAUCGACGCACCACCUGAUCAUGAUCCUUCUCACAACGCGACCACUCCGGCGACCGUGAUUGUCGGCCAGCCAUCUGACUACGACUACGAUUGUCUGGCUGAGAUGACCUUUGCGGAUCAGGCUUCUUGGGAGGCCUGUGUGGCGAGGGUUCGUGCCCCGGAGAUCAGUGCGCAGAUUGCGGCUGAUGAAGACCAGUUCUUUGAUCGGUCGGAGACGGGGGUUGUUGUUGUCGGAGACGUCGUGGAGACUUGCAAGUGA